GCGGCCGCGGCCCCUCCGACGGGCGCCUGCGCGCGCAGGGCCGGCCCUUUCUAUCUGUUCCUCCUCCUCGGCCCCCUCCCCUCUUUCCUCCUCCACCACCGCCUGCCUCCCUCCCUCCCAUGUCCUCACUGCAGUCCCUUCGCCAGCGGGGGAGCUGAUCCCUGGCUUCCUGGUGGUGGGGAGGGGGAGGGAGGCUGGCAGGCGGCUAGCCCGCCGGAGGCUGCGAGACCAUAGACACCUGCACCGCCUGGUCACGUCGCCCCCCUCCCCUUUCCCAGCCCUUUCCCUCACCCCACGCCUUCUCCCCUCGCUCCUACUCCGGUACCCCUCCCCUUUCCUUUUCCCCAGUGACUUCUCCCCGCCCCACUCGAACAGUGGCCCGGCCGGCUGUGACGUUGCUAAGCCCCGCCUCCUCCCGCCCCCCCGUAUAAAUACGGGCUCUUCGGGCGCUGCCUUCCCACACUCGCUUGCUCUUCGUCCCGGCUAGCAUCCCCCAUCUUUUUGCGUCGUCGCCUUUUUCUUCUUCCUUUUCUUAUUCUCUCCUUUUCUCGCUCUGUUGCUCUUCUCUUUAAGGAACCUGCCUAUCAUCCUAAAUCCCUACCCGCCCCCACCUCGUUUUGGGAGUUUUUUAAAUUAGCGUUUAUUUAUUUUUUUUCUCCUCGGCCGCCGUCGCCACUGCUGCAUAGCUGGUGUCGGUGCCGCGCUUUUCCCCCCCACGUCCUCCCCGCAGCCUAUGGCCCAGGCCGCCUCGGGUAUUUCUGCUUUAGGUAACCACAUCCCUCUUUAAAAAUUCCGCCUAAAAAGAGAAGACGCUUUACCCGACUCUUUGGGCCGUUAUCUCACGGCGAACUUUCUGACCAGGUAUACAACUAUCCAGAGGGCCUAGGAGAAGUGCUUUAUAGAGAGCAGUUCGACUUCAACGCUGAGCCACCUUGGGAACCUAGCUGAUGAUAGGAGGGUUCCAUCUCCUAACUUGUCCAUGGAGGUCUCCACUUCAGAAAUCCAAGACCCAUAUUCAUCCAGCUUGGUGUCAAGUGGGCUGUUGCUGCCAGAAUUAUCUUGUGAUUAUUUGAGAGAUGUAUCAGUUUCUUCUGAAGUACAAUCAACUGUAGAAGCCUUUGUAGCAGGUGUGUAACAAGUUUGUUGCAUAUUCUAAGGACCCAAACGUAAGGCUUGGUGGCCCAUCUCCUUGUUUUUCCUGGUUUAUGACUUUCGGCUUUGUGGAAUACGGCUGAGAUGAAAGGAUUUAUUGAAGAUGCAAACUACUCUGUUGGCUUGUUGGAUGAAGGAACACAUCUUGAAAAUGUUAUUGAUAACUAUGUCUAUGAACAUACCCUAACAGGAAAAAAUGCAUUUUUUGUUGGAGAUCUUGGAACAAUUGUGAAGAAACACAGUCAGUGGCAGAAUGUUGUGGCUCAAAUAAAGCCAUUCUACACAGUAAAAUGCAAUUCGGCUCCAGCUGUUUUAGAGAUUUUAGCAGCUCUUGGAACUGGAUUUGCAUGUUCCAGCAAAAAUGAAAUGGCAUUGGUGCAAGAAUUGGGUGUUUCUCCUGAAAACAUCAUUGAUAUAAGUCCGUGUAAGCAAUCUUCUCAGAUAAAGUAUGCAGCAAAAACUGGGGUUAACAUCAUGUCAUGUGACAAUGAAAUUGAAUUGAAGAAAAUUGCACGCAAUCAUCCAAAUGCGAAGCUCUUACUACACAUCGCAACAGAAGAUAUUAGUGGAGAUGAAGAGAGUAACAUGAAGUUUGGCACCACACUGAAGAAUUGUAGGCACCUCUUGGAAUGUGCUAAGGAACUUGACGUCCAAAUUGUUGGUGUUAAGUUUCAUGUUUCAAGCUCUUGCAAAGAACCUCAAGUGUAUAUCCAUGCUUUAUCUGAUGCUCGAUGUGUGUUUGACAUGGCUGGAGAAUUUGGCUUUAAGAUGACCAUAUUGGACAUUGGCGGAGGCUUCACGGGUAGUGAAUUUCAGUUACAAGAGGUUAAUCAUGUCAUCAGCCCAUUGUUGGAUGUCUACUUUCCUGAAGGAUCUGGCAUUAAGGUCAUUUCAGAACCUGGAAGCUACUAUGUAUCUUCUGCAUUCACUUUAGCAGUUAAUAUCAUUGCAAAGAAAGCUGUUGAAAAUGUUUCCUCUGGAGUAGGAAAAACCGGGAGUAAUGAACCAGCCUUUAUGUAUUACAUGAAUGAUGGUGUUUAUGGUUCUUUUGCAAGUAAAUUGUCUGAGAACUUGAAUACCAUCCCAGAGGUUCACAAGAAAUACAAGAAAGAUGCGCCUCUGUUUACAAGCAGCCUUUGGGGUCCAUCCUGUGAUGAGCUUGAUCAAAUUGUGGAAAACUGUCUUCUUCCUGAGCUGAAUGUGGGAGAUUGGCUGAUCUUUGAUAAUAUGGGAGCAGAUACUCUCCAUGAGCCGUCUGCUUUUAAUGAUUUUCAGAGGCCAACUAUUUAUUACAUGAUGUCAUUCAGUGAUUGGUAUGAAAUGCAAGAUGCUGGAAUUACUUCAGACACAAUGAUGAAGAACUUCUUCUUUGUGCCUUCUUGCAUUCAGCUGAGCCAAGACGACAGCACCUUUUCCACUGAAGCUUAAAACAGGCAUUAACGCUUCCUUUUAGACCUGAAGUUGCAAGUUAAGCUUGUCUGGUCAACAUUCCAGUGUGGAAGAAAAAUUGAACAAUCUUAACUAUUCACUCUCCAAAACUUGAAAGAAAUUAGUAAUAAUAGCUAAUUGGGACCAGGCAAAACCAGCUUACAACUACAAUUCUUUGGGGUGAGGUGGGAAUUAGAUAAUGUGUCCAGAUUUAAACUUACCAGUUGUCCAACCCCUAAGCGUUUAAAAUAAAAUAUGCAACAAAAUGGAUGACUUAGUGGAGAUGGAAGCCCAUCACUUGGGUUCCCCAUUAUAAACCGUUUACAUACAAGUACACAGUUUUUAUACUAAGGAUUCCUGUUAGAAAGUCUUGUAAAGUUAUUGUCUUUCGCCCAGAUAUAUCAAAUGUCAGUGGAAGACCAGUGUGACUUCAUUUAGAUAUGUUUAGUGUAUUUAGAAUGUGUAAAUUUGUGCUUUGAACUGUAGUUUAAUAAAUGUAAAAUUGCAUCAUAGUAUUUGUUGUAUUUGACCUGACGUAACCCUUGUAUGAUUGCAAUAAAAUUUUGUGUAGAUUUUACUGUUUUUUCAGGCUAAAACUUUGGGAAAGGGGCUAGUUAGCAAAGGUAGUUUUGAAAUAGAUGUGUAUAUGACUGUUUUGAAAGUUAUUUUUCUUUAGCCCAUUAUUUCAAGUUUAGUUUGGCAGUACUUUAAUUUUUUUUCAAUUAUUUAAGUUUUCAAUAAUUUAAGUAAAAUAAGUUUGAUAAAUCAUUGUGAAUUUCAGAUUCUUUACUGGAAAGUUGACAUGUAGUUUGCAAUGUUUAUUAAACAUAGUAUGUUUUCUUUAACAAUUCUAACACCAAAAAUGUUUAAAAAAAAAAAAAAAAACCUGCAAGCCCAACAGUAAUAAAUAGACAUCUGUAUAUAGAUACAAUGCAUGUAGUAUUUUAGACAUAAAAUUACAAGUUUAUUGGCCAAAAUGGUAAUUUAUGCUAAAUAACAGAAUAGAUGGGGGGGAUAAAUUGCAAAUAGUUACGCAUAUCAGUAAAAAGAAGGGCUAUAUCCAUCUUCAAAAACCUUGAUGCUCUUUUGCACUGGAUAUUUAAAUUUUUUAAUUGCAGGAAAGCACACUAUUAAGUUUUUCAACCGUGGUAAUUAGAAAAAGAAAUUUUAAGCUGUUCUCUUAAUUCUUUGUUACUUUGAGUUCAGUUCGCAUUAUUCUUUUAAUUCUUGUACUAAUUUGGUUGGGGUUUUUGUUUGUUCUUAGCCUGACAAUGUUUAGUCAGGAUUUGUAAUGUUCAUUGCUAAUGUUAUUAAUAAUUUUAGCUUUCAGAAUUGAAAUAGUAAUGAAAUAAGGAUCAUUGUUCCUAACUUAGCUUUUGCUCAGGUGUGGAAUUUCUGCCUCCCAAGUGGAAAUAUAACUUCACAUUGGUGCCAAUUGACAGAAAAUCUUAACCUGUAUUUUUGAGUUAGGAAUAUUUAAUACAGAGCUGGUUUUUACAUGUGUGCUGAAUUCAAAGCAGAAAGAAAUUGAUCAUGUUUCUCUCAAAAUUUCAACCUUUGAAACCAAUAGGGUGCACUCAUUGCUUGAUAUUUUGUGAUUUAAUGAAUGCCUAUUUGAACUUAAUAUUGGGGCUACUAAAAUUUAGGAUCCUAGCAUGCUGGUAUGUCAUCUUAAUUGUAUUUGUGGGGCUAGCCAAGGCUAAAUGUAGGGUUUUAUGCAAAAUUCUAAAUUCUAAACUUACCAUGCAAUAUCCUUGGAACUCUGAGAGAUGCAGGAAUUGCUUCCCUACCUCCUUUACAUGUCAUGCUUGUUUGUGGCCCCAAAAUGCCAAACUUGUGCAACUUUGAGCUUAUUGAUCACUUAUGAUAGCUUCUAAAUUUCACAGCCUAUCAAUUUUGCUGUGAAGUCUGUAGAAGAUUGUUUUAUGUGAAAAUGAAAAACAGCUCAGAGCUGUAUCACCUUUGUAAAUGAUAUGGUAGUAACUUCAGGAGAUGUCUGUAUUGUAUUUGAAGACUGUUUGCCAUAAAAAUUGAAGUUUUGAACCUAUGUAUUUCAAUUUGAUAUGCUAAAAAGUACUGAAUUAAUGUUACUAUCCUUUCUGUUUACAAUAUUGUGUAAUCAAUCCAAAAUUUAACUGAAUAUAAAAACAUGAUUUCUAUAUAGUAAAUUGAACUGUAAAGGUAACCUGUGUGUGAUUCUAAAUACACACUCUAAAGUUUUUUUUUUUUCAGUCACCUUUAAAUCCUAAUGCUUUUUAAUGUGAAGUUGAAGUUUUAAACUAUCAGUCUUGGUAUGUUUAAUUGCAAUUAGCAUUCUCAUUCAUUUGUUAUUUAAAGAGAUAUGACUAGUUUAAGCUGACAAAGUACUUUAAGAUCGGAAGAAAAAAAUGAAUGUUUUGAAAAUAAUCAAAUAAAAUCCUGCGUGCAAUAAUUUAGAGAUUUCCUAGGGCCACAUAAAUUGUCACCACAUGCA